CAGCAGCAGCAGCAGCAGCAGCGACAGCACCAUCCGCAUCCUCCUUCUGCAAGAUAGUACCAGCUGUUUACACCGACUAGCGUACAGAACAGACACGACCCUAACACAAAUAUAGGCGUUGCCAGCAUCAGCCCGUAGAUCUUCCAAAUCAGAAAAGGGGAUUUAUAAAUAUAUGGGUUUUGUUUUUUUGUUUUUUGUUUUUUUUUUUGUUUGUUUGUUUUGUUUUUUUUGCCGUGGAUCAUUCAUUUGAAGGAUAUUAUGGUGAGCAGUCUAUUAUUCGUAUUGGAUUGACUUGUAUUGCAUUCAGCCUGUGGUGAUGCAGAACGAGAACAUUGCUGUUACUGUUAUUAUAAUCUAUUUGUGGGAUCGCAUAUGAAUCCAUUGUUAUGAUUGACUUUUGCGAUUAAAGUUAAACGGCGGAUUGCAAUUAUUUUAAUAAGCAGCAACAAUGUCUAAAGUGAAAAAUUGCGAAACCGUGAAAGUGGUGGUGAAAUGUCGACCUCUGAAUCAGAAAGAAGAAGCAGCAGGGCACGAACAAAUUGUGAAUAUGGAUGUGAAAUUAGGCCAGGUGACUGUUCGGAACCCGAAAGCUGCACCCGGGGAGCUGCUGAAAACGUUCACCUUUGAUGCUGUCUAUGAUGCCAACUCAAAGCAAAGCGACUUGUAUGAUGAAACCGUUAGACCCCUUAUAGACUCCGUGUUGCAAGGGUUCAAUGGGACCAUAUUUGCUUAUGGACAAACCGGAACUGGCAAAACAUACACCAUGCAAGGUGCAUGGAUGGAUCCAGAAAAGAGAGGUAUUAUCCCAAAUUCCUUUGAGCACAUCUUCACCCAUAUAUCCAGAUCCCAAAACCAACAGUACCUCGUAAGGGCAUCAUAUCUAGAAAUAUACCAAGAGGAAAUCAGAGAUCUUCUAUGCAAAGACCAGUCCAGAAAACCAGAGCUCAAAGAAAACCCAGAUUCUGGAGUUUACAUCAAAGAUCUGUCUUCUUUUGUGACCAAGAACGUCAAGGAGAUAGAGCAUGUUAUGAACGUGGGCAACCAAGCCAGGUCCAUUGGGUUCACCAACAUGAAUGAGCACAGUUCCAGGUCCCAUGCCAUUUUUGUAAUCACGGUUGAGUGCAGCGAGACUGGCAUAGAUAGUGAGAACCACAUUAGGGUGGGCAAAUUGAACCUGGUGGACUUGGCUGGCAGUGAGCGGCAGAGCAAAACCGGUGUUCGGGGGGAACGUCUCAAGGAAGCCACUAAAAUAAAUCUGUCCCUGUCCGCUUUAGGCAAUGUCAUAUCAGCUCUGGUGGAUGGCAAAAGCACCCAUAUACCCUACAGAGACUCUAAACUGACCCGCCUGCUGCAAGACUCUCUUGGAGGCAAUGCCAAGACCAUCAUGGUUGCAACCCUGGGUCCUGCCUCCUACAAUUAUGAUGAGAGUUUGACCACCCUCAGGUAUGCCAACAGGGCCAAGAACAUCAAAAACAAACCACGUGUGAAUGAGGACCCCAAAGACGCCCUGCUGAGAGAGUUCCAGGAGGAGAUCGCCAGGCUGAAAACCCAGCUGGAGAAACGGGGGGUGCUGACCAAGAAGAGGAGACGGAACAGCCGGAGGAUUAAGAAGAUGCUGGAUGGGGAGGAGGUCACAGACCUUGAGGGGGAGGAUGAGACAGAGGACAGCAUGGAGAAGGACGUGGACGACUACCUGAAGGAGCAGGAGGAGAAGCUGGAGCUGGAGAAAGCAGCCAUCCUGGACGACCGCAACCUGGUGUCUGAUCAGAAGGAGAAACUGCUGGAUGAGAAGGAGAGAAUGAUGGAUGACCUGAGGAGAGAACAGGAGGCCACAGAGAUGCUCACCGCAAAAUUUAAGGCUAUGGAAAGCAAGCUUCUGGUGGGAGGGAAGAACAUCAUGGAUCACACCAACGAACAACAGAAAAUGUUAGAACUGAAGAGACAAGAGAUUGCUGAGCAGAAGCGGCGCGAGCGGGAGAUCCAGCAGCAGGUGCUGGCGCAGGAUGAGGAGACAGUGGAGCUCAGGGAGACCUACUCCUCUCUGCAGCAGGAGGUCGAGAUUAAAACCAAAAAACUGAAAAAGUAUAAAAAGCUGUACUCCAAGCUGCAGUCGGUGAAGGCUGAGAUUCAGGACCUCCACGAUGAGCAUGUGCGAGCCAGGCAGGACCUAGAGCACAGCCAGACAGAGCUGACUCGGGAGCUCAAAUUCAAGUACCUGAUCAUUGAAAAUUUCAUUCCUCCGGAGGAAAAGAACAAGAUCAUGAACAGGCUGGUCUUUGAUGGAGAGGAGGAACAGUGGAAGUUCCAGCCCUUGGUACCUGCUGGAAACAAGAACAGUCAAAUGAAGAAGAGGCCUGCCUCUGCAGUGGGCUACAAGAGACCAAUCAGCCAAUUUGCACGGGUUGCCAUAGCGAUGGGAGCUCAUCCUAGAUAUCGGGCUGAGAACAUCAUGUUCCUGGAGUUGGAUAUGACUCCUCCCACUUUAUUUGAACUGGAGUUCCCCCGAGCUCAACCAGAGCAUGACCUGGCCCUUCGCUUUGGCAGGGAUCUGAUGCUGGAUAACUCUGCAUACAGGGAGCAUGCAGCUGCCUCCAGGGUCAAGAAAUCAAGGUCCUGGUGCCGACCACCAAGAUUAGUUUCUUCCUCGUCUUCAAGCUUCUCACUGGCUUCUGGAUCCCAGCACUUCCCCCGGUCACAAGGGCCCUCAGCAUCCUCACAUCCAUUAGAAGCACCCUGGCGUCCAAAGUGAAGAUCCCAGUUGCGCUAGGCCACUUUCAGCCCAGGGGUCGCCAGCUUCCUUUUCAAUCAGCAUCUGCAUAAGUUAUUUUUUUAAUACUUUUUUUUAUACUUUUUUUUCCCAGAAGAGCAAACUUUAGAAGCACUGGACUACUACCGUAAGCAAGCAAAGUUUUUUUGAGAGGGUUUCUUGACAUGAGCCACAGCCUUUAAUACUCCUCUGCACAGUAGAUCCUUAGCUUUACUGAUUAGCAUGUGGUAGUGCUUUGAUGGCAUAUAAAAGGAAGGCUUCCACACUAUUCAGAAGUGAAUGGAUGUGUCAUACAUUGCGCAUUCUAUAAGGGAGCUAAGAUUUUAUUUUUUUUUAGCUUUCAUUGCAAAAUCAUUGGCUGCAUAGUUCACCCUGUUUUAACAAUGUAAGCAUGUCAACAAGGGCUGCUGGUGAUAGUAGGAGAAUCUCUCUGAUUGUUCCUUUUUCUUGAGAAAAGCUCCACUGACUUGAAAUGCCUUGAAAGCUUAUCGACAUUUAUAUUUUGUAACAUAGGUAUUACUACUGAAUUUUCAAAUUAAAUUCAUUUUGUCGGCUCAAAGAUAUGUAUUUGAUACAAAGUUUUUUUUAAUGCAGAUAGAUAGAUAGACAGAUGGAUCGAUAGUCAAUAUGCCUUCAAUGCUAUUAGCAAAGCUUAUCUUAGCGUAUUGGUUUUGAAUGAAUCACGCCAUUAUAUAUAAAAUGGCCAAAGCUCAUUUGAAGUAAAGCCUAUUUGAUCAAAGGGUGAACCAUAAGCUUUCAAAGCUAAGCCUGUAGCCUGCCUCCAGCGUGACAUCUUCCAGACACACGCAGUGCAGUUUGGCCUGUUCUGUAAGUUGACAGGUAUCAGAUCUGUUUAAUUGGUUGUGUAAGGUAUGUUCUGUACAUUUUUAUUGCAGUGUGUAUAUAGAAAUUGUACAUAGAGAAUAAUGAUGUUGUAAUGAUAUACACUUGAAAUAACCUCAAAAAGGAUAUUUGAAUUUGGUUUAUUUAUUUAAUCAACUAUGAAACACUGGGCACUAUGUACUGUGGUAUUGGUUAAGUGAGAUGACUAGAUUGAAGAUAAUGUGAGAGCAGUUGUGUGGAAUUCCUCCAAUCUUGUGUAUUUAAGAAUUUUACAUGUAAAUAGUGUGUUUAAUACCUUCCCUCUCUCUUAAAACACUUUGAGCUGAUACACUGCAUUCACAUUCUUCUUUUUGCUCAUGGAUAGGAAUGUUUACAGUGCCCUUUAAAUGCACAGUAGAGUAUGUAGUAAAAAGGGGAGCUAACUAAGGUCACUGGGUUAUAGACUCAUCCCUGAUGACCGUUGCUGCUUCCUUAUUCAUUGUCAAUAGGCUGUCCACCUAAUAAACUAAAUAAUAGUCAUUCUGUGAAUACAUGAUACCUGUUUUCCAUUGGCUAUUUGUCGAGCCGAACGAGAACCAAACUGUGAAACUCCAGCCUCGCAACACGCCUGAAUCUGGCUCGUAACCGUGCAGGGCCAGGGGCAGAGUUCACGAUUAUAGUCAUUACAUUGCAUCAGUCAGUACACUCGAGGUAGAUGAACAAAAUGGCGAGCAGCGAGUUGGAGGAGAGAAAAGUACAUUCCAGUUGUAUUCAGUAUUUUAUGAAGAAAGAAACCGAAGAAAAACACAACCAUAACCUCUGUAUCCUCCAUUCUCAAUUGCAACCUAGCGCUUGUUAAUACUGCAUCAUCUACAUGCAUCUUGAGCUGUGCAGUGGAAAAACAACCAGGCUCCUCCUAAACCACACUGGGGUGUUGGUAUUUAAAAAGCUGGCGAUAAUUCAUGGUCUCAAUGUAUCAUUAGUCAGCUGUGAACUUUCCUAGUGAUUUUUGGUUUUACCUUUUACAUAUCCAAGAGUCCAUUUGGAAAGAUUGUUCAAUUAAACUUUACUUGGCUGAAAAGAAGAAGAUGUGUUUUCAUGACACUGGAGUUAUUUCAUGGCAUGUUAAUUCGAUCCUUAGAGUAGUGGAUGGAUCCCAGGUGUUUUCCUGCAAACACCUGAAAUGACUAAAAGAUAAGCUCACUUUAUGUCUUUAACAUGAAGUGUAAGAUGAGUGAUUAUCAUGAAGAAAUGUAACACUUAAACACGCAUGCUUUAGUUUAGUUCAGCUCAGAUUGCCAUUGACUUACUGGAGUUAGGAGUUACUGUAGGUGAGGAAACAUGUCAUCUAAUAACUACAGUACAGAAUGAUAUGCUAGAAAUAAUAAUUUAAAGACUAUUUCAUGGUGUCCUAGUUUAAACUCCAUGCAGUGUACAAUCUGUGUAGCACCAGUAUUGUCUGGUAUUGAAGAUAUUAUACAGUAGAUGAAGUAGUUCGUUCAUAAUUUUAAGCACUCAAUUACUAUUGCGUCCAAACAUAUGUCUAACUAAAUUUCUCUUAGUACCACUGUAAAUAUAAAAUUUAAAAGUUAUUUUAACUGGGCCCUUGGUUUCUUUUAGCUGCUGCAGUGGUGAUAAAGCAGAAUCUCAACGUUUAAAAAAUGUAACCAGUGAUAACAGUGCUCCCUAUUUGAAACACAGCAUUCCAGAGUCACACAACCAUGAAAUCAAUUUUAAUGAAAUAGCAGCAGCUACAGAAUAUUUAUUUUUGCCUCAAGGGUGAUGUAUUGCUCCCCUUUUUAACAUCACUAAAAUAGAGUGAGUCUGUGAAAGAGGCGGAUUACCAUAUUUAGGGUGGCAUUCUUAAGAUCUGCCACUGUUUCGUUUGCUAAAAAUCGACCCUUGUACGGGUUCCCUCUUAUUAUGAGAUUAAUGUUUGCAAGUGGUAUGGUACUUAACAGGAAACAACCAUACGGGUUCCUAGCAUAAAACUGAAGCAGCCUUAUACUUCUGUGCAACCAUUUCAUUUGAUAUCUUAAACCUGAAAGUUUAUUCUAUGUAAAAUGAGAAAGCCCACACUCCAACAGUUCAGAGUUUGGUUGUGAUAGGACAGAUACGCAUUGGAUUACAUUAGUGGAUAAAGGGAAGGUUUAGAGAGGGCAGAAACGUGCACAGUAAACCGCUCUCUAAAUAAUUGAUGUUGUUUAUAGACACUGUUUCACAUUGCAGCUAAUCUUCUAGCAGAGACGGCACUGGGCAAUGGUGCGUGGCUGCUCUGCCUCAUAAGUCAGCAUUCAUUACUGCAUUAAUUUAAUCCAGUAAUUGUUGAAAGAAAAAUCAAAAACAUAAAUUAAUCCAUUAUAAAAGCAGGAGGGAGUUCAAGUCUCAAACAUGGGAUCCAAUCUGAUUCACUACUGGUUUGCCGUUUCUCACAUUCACUUUAGUUAAAUUAUCCUGUUAAGGAACAUAUAGGGGUUUGCUUGAGCAUUUCCAGCAAAAUUCUAAAGGAAAUAGCUGUGGAUGGAAACAAAUGAAUUACAAAAAACUUUAUGUUCAGAUUAGGGUAUUUUCAUAUACUAUAUGUAUGUCCAACAUGCCAGUUAUUUUUCACAAUGGGAAUUAUUCACUGUCACAAAGACAGCCGGAGUGGGGGACGUCAGACCAGAAACAGGAACCAGGAAAUAAACAGAAAGAGAGG